GAUUCUAAGAGGCAGCAGUUAGUAUUGGAAAACAUUAGCAAGAUGCAUUUCCCAUUGAUUGCAAUAUUCAGUUUAAUAGUUUGUGUAUGUCAAGUAGUCAGUCAAACUAAUGCUUAUGAAAAUUCUAAUCAGCGUCCAUGGUCACUUGUUUAUACCUUAUAUCCAUUUUAUAAUUCUGAAACAUUACUUGAAGUCUGGAGAGGAGACAAAACUGUUGAUAUUUCAACCAAUGUAGUAACUCUAGCUCCACACGAAAAAGAACAAGCAGUUUUGUUCUCUGAUGAUGUGCAACAAAAUGCCACAAACUUAAAAUCACAAGAUAAUGUAUCAUAUUUUUUAAGUGAAACAAAAAAUAUAAAUGAAGAUCUGUUAUCAAAAAAUAGACAGCGACUUUCCAAUUAUAGAAACAGACAUAAAGAUACAAGUCUUCAAAAUGAAUAACAAGAUAUUUGGAUUUCAACUGGAUUUAAUGAUUUGAAAUGAAUUAUACAUUUAU